AUGUUUCACCAGUGGGAACAACAUCCGCAUCUAGACCGACGCAAUCGUCCACGUACACGAAAUGGCUGUCUGACCUGCCGGCGGCGAAAGGUUCGCUGUGAUGAGAAGCGGCCUGAGUGUGGGCACUGCAGUCGUUUACAACUAGAUUGCUCUUGGCAGCAGGAAGAUGGUCCCAGGUUUGGAAUUCGAACGAAGAAAAUCAGACACCGUCAAAAGCUUCAAUCCGAACAGUCCCAGCCGACGAUCGAGGUCGCAUCAGCCUCAGUCGCAGCAAAGGAAGGUCAAGGAACUUUACCGGCGGAUGACUCGUCUUUUAAUCAAAUCUUCAACUAUGCGAGUUUCAUGUGGGAUGACUAUCCGCCCAGUCUCUCCCCAACCUGGGAUACUCUCGAUCUGAGCUCGUCGCAGGAUCUUAUCCCAUGGUCCGAUACAUCUCUUGCGGUACCAUCUCCACUGGAUCUACAUUUCCCUACUUCGAUCGUGAGUUCCACGACGCUGAUGGAACGACCCUCUAAAACAACAAUCCCCUCGCCGAUGGGCUCAUCGCAUGUCGCAAUGGGAUGGAGCGAGUCUCAGCUGGCUGAUUAUUUUGCUCGCUCUGCUGCACCUCCAAUUCUUGCAACUGUGGAGACCAGUUCACGCUGGCUUUGGAUGCGAAAAGAGCUAACAUCAAUGACCUCAUCCUCCCGGAUGGUCAAAUAUGGUGUGAUCGCAUUCGUGGCUCUGGAACUCGAGUCAUCGGGCACACUGGAGCCUUCGACCUAUACUCAAUACUAUCAGACUGCGAAAGCGAAACUACAGGAGUGUCUCAGAGACAUCUGCCAGGAUCGGAAAAUAAUCCUAUCUCAGCUACGACAUAUUCUGGCCGUCCUUUUCCUGCUGUCAUACAUCGAUCUACUUACAAAGGAUGUGUCAAAUGCGCAUGCCAAUUUACGAGAAGGCUUCAAUACCCUGCAGAUGGUGGAGAUGGAAUCCCUCAGUGUCACUGAAAAGCGCCUACUUUCUUGGUUACGACUUUUGGAUGCGCGUGCAGUCAGUGCUGGGGGCGAGGGCCUGUUUUUGACAGAAGAAGACAGUGCCAUUAACACUGAUCUCCGAUCCCCUGAUAGCGCCAUUACAGAGAUCGAUUCCGGCCUAGACGACGCGGAGGCGGCACUGGAAGAUUAUAUCAUGCGACCCGCUUUCUUCUUCUUCCAGAAGGUUCAACUGUUCAUGGGUCGAAUAUCAAAAAUUGACCCUUGGCAUCGACGCCGCGGCACGGUUGAAGAUGAAACAGAGGUAAUGUUGAUAUCUGCUGCCAUAAGUCGAGACAUCAAAUCGCUUUGGCUGCAACGACCACCUCUCAUGGACCAUGCCGUUGCUGGAACUCUCGCACCGCUUCUGUCCCCUGCACUGGCCGAGACCAUUACACGAACCAUGAGGGUGUAUCAUGCAAAUUACUACGCCAGCUUCAUUCACUUGCACCGAGUUUCAUAUAAGAAUCUCCCACGAACAACUGAUGUUCUCGAUGCUAUGGAUGAAAUCCGUGAAGUGACGCGACUCAUUCUGAAUACCCCAUGGACAUAUUCUCCUCCGGACACCUCAGUAGUUAGCUCACCAACCAAUUCGACAGGGGUCGGCGCUUGCCUACCAGUGAAUAUGCUAUGGCCUUUAUUAAUGCUGGGUGUCGAAAGUGAGGACGCCGAGGAACGGGCUUGGAUUAUCUCUUGCAUAAAAGGGAUGGAGAAAGUUGCCUCCAAUGCAAGAAUGACAGCCGAGGUACUUACUGAAGUCAUCCGGCAACAAGAUGAAACGAAGCAGAGGAUGGACAUUCGAAAAGUGAUGCACGAUACAUUUGAUCGGGUCUUUGCUAUUGUAUAA